CACGUCUACUGCUCCCUCUCUCCCUCCUCCCUCGCUUCGGAAGAGGGCCCAGGAAGAGGUCCACUCCAAGGAGCUAAAGGUCAAACUCCUGACCGACAGUGUGAACAGUUUCAUCGCCAAGGCUCCCCCCACAGCCCAUGAUGCCUUGCGGUCUGAAUUGGACGUGCUGACGGCCAACUAUCAGCGCCUGUGUAGCCGGCUGGAUGGGAAAUGUAAAACUCUGGAGGAGGUAUGGGCGUGUUGGUGUGAGUUGCUCUCCUACCUGGAGCAGGAGAACGCCUUUCUGGACCAGCUGGAGCAGAAACUGGACGAGACGGAAAAUCUCCAGGGAAGAGCAGAGGAGCUGCAGGAGGCCCUGGAUAGUCUAGAGGUUCUUUUGCGGCACCCAGAGGACAACAGGAACCAGAUUCGGGAGCUGGCCCAGACGCUUAUGGACGGAGGCGUUCUGGAUGAACUGAUACAGCAAAAACUGGACGCUUUCAACACACGAUGGGAUGAACUUAUGGCGAGAGCGGUACUCAGGCAGAAGGAGCUGGAGAAGAGCGUCCAGUGUGCCCAGGAGAAUGACAAGGUGCUGAGGCAGCUCCAGGAGUCUCUGGCCAACACCGACCGCCACCUCACUGCUUACCUGACUGACCACAUCGAUGCCCAGCAGAUACCGCAGGAGGCUCAGAAAAUCCAAACUGAGUUGAGUGGCCAUGAUGCGACCCUGGAGGACUUGAGGAAGAAGAACCAAACCAAAGACCCAUCCAAUAGCAUGACAGGACAAAUAGACCUUACCCAGAAAAUGCUGACAGACGUGUGGACCAAGUACCGUCUCUUCCAGAAGCCAGCCAACUUCGAUGCUCGGCUGGCUGAGUGUGAGCGCGUGCUUGCUGGGGUCAAAAACCAGGUGGGGAUGCUGGAUAUCGGCAGUGUGGAGCAGGAUGUGGUGCAGUCACAGCUGGAGCAGUGCAUGAAGUUGUACAAGGUGCUGAGUGAAGUGAAAGGGGAAGUGGAGACGGUGAUAAAAACAGGCAGACAGAUCGUCCAGAGGCAGCAGACUGAGCAGCCCAAAGAGCUGGACGACCGCGUGACCGCCCUCAAACUGCUCUACAACCAGCUAGGAUCACAGGUAACUGAGAGUAAACUGGAGCUGGAGAAAAGUCUGAAGUUGUCAAGGAAGCUGCGAAAGGAGCUGAACGGGCUGACAGAGUGGCUCGCCGCCACUGACGCCGAGCUGACCAGGCGCUCUGCUGUGGACGGUAUGCCCAGCGACCUGGAGGCUGAGGUGGCAUGGGCACAGUCCAUCCACGGGGAGACAGAGAGGCGUGAGCCCCAGCUGCAGGGCGUGGUGGACCUCGCCGAGGCCCUCAAGGCGGUGCUGCGGGGCCACGGGGGCCUGGUGGACGACAAAGUCAGCCUGCUGCGCUGCAACUGGAUCGCAGUCACAUCCAGAGCAGAAGAAUGGCUCAACCUGCUGCUGGACUACCAGCGGCAAAUGCAGAAGUUAGAUGGAGAGAUAGAGGAAGUGAACGGAUGGAUUGACGGAGCAGAGAAAAAGAUGGACGAGAUAGAGAGCCAGGGACCCAACGACGCUGUGCUUAAGGUUUUGCGGGCAGAGCUGGAGUUGACGAAGGGUAAGAUGGAGGAGGUGAGGGCUCUGGCCCAGGAACUCAUGUCCACCCGGGGAGAGAACUGCCAGGCCCAGGUGGGACCUAAAGUGGAGCAGCUCAACCAGAGAUUUGACACCAUCUCACAACGGAUUGCCUUUGGACUGACGGCAGCAUCAGCCAAGGAGCUGGAGCAAUACCACAGUGAAGCACAAAUCUGGCUGGAGCUCCUGGAGGAGGAAGUUAAACAGGGGGAAAACCUAAAGGAGGAGGACUUCCAGGAGGACAAGGACUGUGAGGAAGGUGCAGUGAAGGAGUUACUGUUGAAAGGAGAGAAUCUACAGAAGAGAGCCCCGGAUCAGGACAAGAGAGAGCAGAUCAGACUGAAACACAACCAGCUCAACAGCAAGUACAACACCGUCAAGGACCUGCGUGUGCUGAGGAACAGGAAAGCGUUGGCCAUCGCUCCCCAGUGGUACCAGUACAGGAGGAAGUCACAUGACCUGCUGGCCUGGCUCGACGACAUCCAACGCAGCGUGGACCAACUGCCUGACCCCCCUGAAGGAGAGAGGGUCAAGGAAAUUGGCUCAGAGUUCGACAAGAAGAAGGAGGAGCUUAAGGAGGUGCAGGGCUUAGCCAAUCAGCUCUCAGAAGCUGGAGCGGCCAAUCUAGUGGAGCCCCGCCAACUCCAGCUCAACAAGCGCUGGGUUGAGGUGGAGGGCAAGUUCAUACCCUUCAAAAGACAAUGUUUCCCUGAUCUGCCAAUCACUGAAGAUGAAUACCUAACAGACUUGCAGGCGUUGCUGCGUUCAGUGUCAGAGACGGACUUCAAGCUGAACUCUCCUGAAUACUGGCCUGCGGCGUAUUAUAACCUGCCUCAGCAAGAGCACUGCCUGAAGGAAGUGAAAGGAAGCACAGAGAAGCUACGAGGCCCAGUGGAGGGAGCGUUGGCCCGCAGAGAGGAGAUGGUGUCUGGGGCUCGGCAUCUGGAAGGCAGGAGGAUCCAGGAGACCGCCACCCUUCUGAAUACCAACUGGGACAAAUUGAACAAGCUCUACCAGGACAGAGCGAAGCGUUGGCAGGAUUGCAACUCCAAGUGGCAGAAGUUUGUUUCAGAUCAGAAGGCAUCGGAGGAGUGGCUGAGUGACGCUGAGAGCACUUUGAAACUGGCUGAGAGUGAGCCAGCAGCACACAGACAGCACCUCAGGGACCUGACGGAGGCCAUACCUCUGCAGGAAGUGGUGUUGGGCAGAGUGAAUUCUGCAGGAGAGGACAUCAGCCAGUUGAGCACACCAGACGAUGCCUCGCGGCUCCGAACGCAGCUCAAAUUACUCAACACCCGCUGGGCUAAUGUCUGCCAGCAGCUCAACGAGCGCAAGAGGAGGUCUGCAGAGACGCGUACGGCGUCUGCACAUCUACAGGAGGACAUGGGCUCGAUGCUGGGCUGGUUGGACAAAGCGGAGGGCGUCCUGGCCAUCCCUCUGCAGCCUGCAGAGCCACAGCACAUUAGAGACACUCUUGGCAAAGUCCAGGCACAUGUGGCGGAGCUUCCUGCCAAGAAGGCGGCGGUGGAGGAUCUGAACUCGAGACACAAACAGAUAACACUUCCUGCUGACAGACAGAAAGACAUCAGGAUCCUCAACACUCGCUGGGCUCAGGUGUCCAGAGCUCUGCCUGAACGUCAGCUGGAGAUCGAGGGUCUUCUAAAGGAGCUGGAGAGGCUACGGGGUCAGCUGGACGACCUGUCCGCCUGGACGUCUAGCACCAGAGCCAAGCUAGAGCACAGCCCUGAGGAGCCACCACCCAAGCUCACUGAGGAAGUGCAAGUCAAGCAGCCAGAAGUGGAGUUCGUUUUGGAACGAGCUGAUCAAUUAUACAAGGACAAUCCUCCCAGCCAACCAGACAAGGUGAAGUACAUCAAGCUGAGAGAAGACUGGACCGUGAUCCUGGAGCUGGUGCGGCAGCAUAGGGAGAGGAUGGCUACUCUGCUAGAAGCCAAAAAAGCCAAUGAAAGUCUGACAGAAAGUUCCCAGCCUGAAUCUGCGGCGCUGGCUCAGUUCCACAAGUCCUGGGCUGAGCUCACAGAUUGGCUGACCAUGCUGGAUAACAUGGUGCAGAACAAGCGUGUGGUGGUCGCUGACCUGGAAGACAUCAAAGAUAACAUCAGCAAGCUCAAGGAGUGUCUGCAGGAGCUAGACCAGCGGCGCCCCCUCCUGGAGAGACAGGUCACAGCAGCCCAGAACCUGAAGAACAAAACCAGCAACCAGGACACCCGCAACGCUAUCACUGAGCGCAUUGACAGGCUUCAGACUCACUGGGAAGACUCUCAGACCAAACUCUCUGAUAGGAGUAAGCAGCUCCACAACAUGCUGCAGGACUCCACCGACUGGCUGGAUGCCAAGAAAGGAGCGGAUCAUCUCAUCAAGCGGGCAAGUGAGAGGUUGGAGUCCUGGCAGCAGAUCACGUACACGGUGGAAGCGCUGAAGAAGCAAAAUGCUGAACUGAAGCUCUUCGUGAAGGAGCUGCAGCAGUGGCAAGGUCAGGUGGAUGAAACCAAUGCACUGGCCAACAAACUGUUGACACUGUACGCCAACGACGACACGCACAAAGUCACCCAGGUCAACGACAACAUGGUGGCCACCUGGACACACAUCAGCAAACGUGUUUCAGACAGGGAGGCAGCUCUGGAAGCAGCUCUGAAGCUGCUGCAGCAGUUCUAUCUCGACCUGGAGAGGUUCCUCAACUGGCUGACGGAGGCUGAGACGACCUGCAACGUUUUAAUAGACGCCACCAACAAGGAGAGACUUCACGAACAGCCGGCAGCAAGGAACCUGCUGGCACAGUGGAAGGACCUCCAGGCAGAGAUUGACAACCACACGGAGUUGUAUCACUCUCUGGAUGAGAACGGGCAGAGGAUUGUGACCUCGCUAGGGGACUCGGAGGAUGCCGCUCUGCUCCAGAGACGUCUGGACAACAUGAGCAAGCGCUGGAACGACCUACGCAACAAGACCCUUAGCAUGAGGGCCCACCUGGACUCAGAGAUGGCCCCGUGGAAGAGGCUCCACAUGUCGCUGCAGGAGCUGCUGAACUGGCUCAAGGUUAAAAGUCAACAGCUGGAGCAGGAGCCGCCUGUAGGGGGCGAUGUCCCCGCCGUGCAGACACAGCUGGACACACACCGGAGCUUCAGGAGGGACUUGAGAGCUAAAGAGCCAGUUGUGACCAAAGCUCUGGACGAUGUGGGGAUCUUUCUGUCUGAGCUGCCCCGGGACACACCAUCACCUGAGCAGAGAGGUAUCAGCCCGGAGGAGCGUGCCCAGAACGUGGGGAAAGUCCUGCGCAAAGAAGCAGAUGACGUGAUGACCAAGUGGGACCGGCUCAAUGGCGACUCAGCCGACUGGCAGAGGAGGCUAGAGCUGGCUCUGGAUCGGCUGAUCGAACUCCAGGAGGCGGAGGACCUGCUGGACGGACAGCUGAGGCAGGCCGAGAUGGUGAAGGAGGCGUGGGAACCUGUUGGUGACCUGCUGAUCGACUCGCUGCCAGAGCACAUCGACAGAGUCAAGGAGUUCCAGGAAGAGGUCGCUCUGAUUAAGGAUGACGUAACACACAUGAACCAGUUGGCGUCCACUUUCGGUCCGCCCGACAUCCAGCUGUCACCUAGCAACCUGGAACGCAUUGAAGAUCUCAACACGCGCUGGAGGCUGCUCCAGAUCUCCAUCAACGAACAUCUAAAGCAACUUACAGAGGCUCACAGGGACUUUGGCCUUCUGCAUGCAGGAUCUGUUGAGAGCCCCUUCGAGCAGGGCAUCUCCCCAAACAACGUGCCCUACUACAUAAAAGAGAAAGCUGGACCUGACCAGAUGACCGAGACCCUCCACCAGACCCAGACAACAUGCUGGGAUCAUCCCAAGAUGGCCGAGCUCUACCAGUCUCUGGCUGACCUGAAUAAUGUUCGAUUCUCAGCCUACCGAACAGCCAUGAAGCUCAGACGCCUGCAGAAGGCUCUCUGCUUGGACCUGCUAAGCAUGCCGAUGGCGUGCGAGGUUUUCGACCAGCACGGCCUGAAGCAGAACGAGCAGCUGCUGGACAUCUCCCAGCUGGUCACCUGUCUGACCAGCCUGUACCAGCGGCUGGAGCAGAGCCACUCCCACCUGGUCAACGUCCCGCUGUGCGUCGACAUGUGCCUCAACUGGCUGCUCAACGUCUAUGACACUGGUCGAACUGGAAAGAUCCGGACUCUGUCUUUCAAAACUGGAAUCAUUUCACUCUGCAAGGCUCACCUGGAGGAUAAAUACAGAUUCUUGUUCAGACAGGUUGCCAGCGCGACAGGUUUCUGCGACCAGCGUCGUCUGGGCCUCCUCCUCCACGACUCCAUCCAGAUCCCCAGGCAGCUCGGCGAGGUUGCGUCCUUCGGCGGCUCCAACAUCGAGCCUUCCGUCCGCAGCUGCUUCCAGUUUGCCAACAACAAACCCGAGCUGGAAGCCGCCGUGUUCCUGGACUGGAUGCGUUUAGAGCCUCAGUCCAUGGUGUGGUUACCCGUCCUGCACCGAGUGGCCGCUGCCGAGACCGCCAAGCACCAGGCCAAGUGUAACAUCUGCAAGGAGUGUCCCAUCAUAGGAUUCAGAUAUCGGAGUCUGAAACAUUUCAACUAUGACAUUUGCCAAAGCUGCUUCUUCUCCGGCCGUGUUGCCAAGGGACAUAAGAUGCAAUACCCCAUGGUCGAGUACUGCACUCCGACUACAUCAGGGGAGGAUGUCAGGGACUUUGCCAAGGUGCUGAAGAACAAGUUCAGGACCAAGCGCUACUUCGCCAAACACCCACGCAUGGGCUACCUGCCUGUCCAGACCAUCCUGGAGGGAGACAACAUGGAAACUCCUGUCACUCUGAUCAACUUCUGGCCCGUAGACCAUGCGCCUGGAUCGUCCCCCCAGCUCUCACAUGACGACACACACACUCGGAUCGAGCACUACGCCAACCGGUUAGCGGAAAUGGAGAAUCGUAAUGGCUCUUAUCUGAAUGACAGUAUCUCACCCAAUGAGAGCAUCGAUGACGAGCACAUGUUGAUCCAGCACUACUGCCAGUCUCUGAACCAAGGCUCUCCUCUCAGCCAGCCCCGCAGCCCUGCCCAGAUCCUCAUCUCCAUGGAAACGGAGGAGAAGGGAGAGCUGGAGAGGGUCCUCAAUGACCUGGAGCUGGAGAACAGGAAGCUACAAUCCGAGUACGACCGUCUGAAGAAGGCCCACGACAGGAAGGGCCUGUCCCCGCUGCCGUCGCCCCCGGAGAUGCUCCCGGUGUCACCACAGAGCGCACGUGACGCCGAGCUCAUCGCCGAAGCCAAACUGCUGCGGCAGCACAAAGGACGUCUAGAGGCCCGGAUGCAGAUACUGGAGGACCACAACAAACAGCUGGAGUCCCAACUGCACAGGCUGAGACAGCUGCUGGAGCAGACGGAUUCCAAGGUGAACGGCACAGCUCUGUCCUCUCCCUCCACCUCCUCUCAGCGCUCCGACUCCUCCCUCCCUCUGCUCCGUGUGGCCGCCAGCCAGACUACUGAUACAAUGGGCGACGAUGAACUGUCCAGCCCUUCCCAAGAUGCAUCAGGGCUGGAGGAAGUGAUGGAACAGCUCAACAAUUCCUUCCCUCACAGCCAGGGUCCCAGUAUUGGCAGUUUGUUCCACAUGGCCGAUGAUCUGGGCCGCGCCAUGGAGUCACUGGUCAGCGUGAUGACAGACGAGCAGAGCGCCGAACAGCACGAGGCCCUGCCCUUCUAAUCCCGCCCCUCAACCUUCAGCCCAGUGUCCUCCCCUCUUCCCUCUCCUCCUCUCCCUCCCCCCCCCCUACCUGUCGCAUGCUUUUCUAGUCAAAACAACUGGAUUGGAAACACAGUUUACAAAGAGAAUAUAUAACGUCUAUUUUUGUGAAGGAUUGCGGUUCCAGCAACGACGCGUAUAAAAACAACAAACAAAAGAAAAACCUUAUAACUUGUAGAUUUGAGUAGUUUCUUAAAACGUCCUGGAGUUGUUUUAUUAUUAACAGAGGCUGGUUUUUAAACGUCUAUGCAAUUGUAUAAAACAAGAGAGGGGGAUGGGUGGGGCAAAGAGAGACGAGAUACAAAUAAGUGUGUUCAGUGUGGUCUAAUAUUUGCCAUCUCUUUGUAUUUUGGGGAAACCGCUAAAGCAUUUCCGACAUUUGUAUCAACAAAAAAAAAGACUGAUUGUAAUCAUAAGGGUGCUUUCUAAGAGGACAAUGUCUUUCUAUAACAGCGUACACUACUGUCAAGGUAAUGCAGGCAUCCUGGAUCUUUACAGUACGUUGUCUGUGAGACUGUGUGUGUGUGUGUGUGUGUGCGUGGUGGUGCCUAAUUUCCA